CUUCAAUUGUAUAACAGUUCGACUUCGUGAUGUCCGCAGAUUUCUUUCCCUCUUCUUCUGCACUUCACUUACAACUCUCUCAACAUCUUCGCUAUAUCAUUUUCGUGGUUUCGAAGGCCUACAAGCCACCUGCGCCGAGCAUCUAAGUGGUGCGCACACUACUUCCACCAUGACAGACCUUGGGUCGGCGCUAGAACACGCCGGCGGCAGUGGGAAGAAUAAGGAGGGCAUCUCGAUCGGGACAUUCCUUGCUUCCCUGGCCACUGCCAUCAUCGUCUUCGCCGUUGAAUUUCUGUGCUUCUUGCUGCUCAAGGGGAAACUCACCCGCAUCUACCAACCAAGGACCUAUCUGGUCUCUGACAGAGAACGUACUCAGCCGUCUCCGCCUGGUCUCUUCCGAUGGAUUGCGCCCGUGUUUCGCACUUCCAGUACCGAGUUCAUACAGAAAUGUGGCCUGGAUGCGUACUUUUUUCUACGAUAUCUGCGGAUGCUUCUCAAGAUCUUUGUCCCUUUGGGAUGCUUAUUGCUUCCAGUUCUUCUGCCCUUGAACAAAGUGGAUGGCAAAGACACGAGUUACAAAAACAACACGGUAAGUGACGGUCAAUGGAACGUCACUGGGCUUGAUCAACUUGCCUGGGGCAAUGUCAAACCCGAAAACACUUCACGAUACUGGGGUCACCUAGUCAUGGCGGUCAUUGCAAUCUUCUACGUGUGCGGCGUAUUCUUUGAUGAACUCAGAGGCUACAUCCGUCUCCGACAGGCCUACCUAACGUCGCCACAACAUCGACUACGAGCGUCGGCGACAACGGUCUUGGUGACAGCUAUUCCAGAAAGCUGGCUCUCCGUGGAGGCGCUCGAAACACUCUACGAUGUUUUCCCCGGAGGAAUCAGAAACAUCUGGAUCAACCGCAAUUUCGACGACCUUAAUGAAAAGGUGAAACAGCGAGAUGAGCUGGCCCUGAAACUGGAGGCUGCGGAGACUGAAUUGAUCAUCAAAUGCAAAAAAGCCCAGCUGAAACAAGCCAGAGCUGCAGCGAAAAAGGCCGGAAAGAAUCCAAACGCAGUUGAGACUCAGGAGAAGAAGGAUGCCGAUCGGAUGGCUUCAAAGAUGGCUAUGGACGGAGGGGUCAGCUCCGGAAACCCACAUCAAGCCCGCACCCUGGAUCAGAUCUUGCAUCGUACCAAAUCGAAAAAGAAGCAUGUAGAGCCAGGGCACCGAAAGCGUCUCAAUCCAUUUGACCCUGCCAUGGAAGCAGCAGGUGCGGUUGGGCAGGGUGUGGGCAGGCUGGGCAAAUCCAUGAUUGGAGGUAUCAGGAAAGUCGAGCAAGGACUGGACGGAACGUUAACCCGAUCAGGAGGGUAUGUGCCCGAGGACGGCAUGACUAUCCCUGAACAUCAUGUUGAGCAUGAAGAAGUCGACGGUCCUGAUCCCGACGAGCCUCGGGUCUGGUUGGAGGAUCCCCGUGAGAAUACAGAACCUGUCGUGGAGGCGGGCGCAUCGGAGACAAGACCGGUGUCAAGGCCAAAAAGACCCUUCUGGAAGACUCAGUUGUCCAAGGACUCCAAGACGAGCCACAAUAGUGAACCCGAUGAACUACCCCUCACCGCGCCAGAGUCUCCUAUUGAAGCGGAGGAGGUAUCCGACUCUGAAAGGAACAGCCCAGUAAAGGAAAAGAGCAAGAGCGAGAACUUCAAGGAGGGUGACCGAGUGGAGGGGGAAGAGUAUCCCAUUGCUUACAACGAGGGAUUUGACAACGAAGACUUCGGGGAACCGCUGUGGCAGAAGUAUAUCAAGCCCAAGGAUCGCGAUACUAUGCGGUUGCCCAUCUUCGGUAUUAGUUGGAUGCCGUCGCUGUGGCUCAUUGGCCAGAAGGUCGACACCAUCGACUAUUGUCGUAAAGAGCUGGCUCGCCUGAAUCUCGAGAUUGAAAUCGACCAACAGCACCCGGAGAAGUUUCCCCUCAUGAAUUCCGCCUUCAUUCAAUUCAACCACCAAGUCGCUGCUCAUAUGGCUUGCCAGGCAGUCAGCCACCAUGUUCCUAAGCAGAUGGCUCCUCGCAUUGUCGAAAUCUCUCCGGACGAUGUCAUCUGGGACAAUAUGUCACUCAAAUGGUGGGAACGCUAUCUGCGCACAUUCGGCAUUGUCGCCGUCGUCUGUGGCAUGGUGGUCGGCUGGGCCUUUCCGGUCGCGUUCACCGGCUUGCUGUCUCAGCUGUCGUACCUGGAAGCUGCCUUUACUUGGCUGUCCUGGCUCUCCAAGCUUCCCGCGUGGUUCAUCUCCGCCAUCCAGGGUGUGUUGCCUGCGCUCUUCCUGGCUAUCCUAAUGGCGCUUCUGCCUCUGAUCCUUCGUUUUCUCAGCCGAACUCAGGGCCUUUCAACGGGUAUGGCUGUCGAGUUGGCUGUUCAGAAUUACUACUUCGCAUUCCUGUUUGUUCAGCUGUUUCUGGUGGUUACCAUUUCGUCCAGUUUCUCGACCAUUAUCAGCAACGUGACGGACGUCACAAGUUGGCCGGAACUUCUUGCGCAGAAUAUUCCCUCGUCGAGUAAUUAUUUCUUCUCGUACAUGAUUCUUCAGGCCAUGUCGGUGAGUGCUGGAGCGUUGGUUCAGAUCGUCAACCUGGUAAGCUGGUUCAUUUUGGCGCCAAUCCUGGACAAGACGGCGCGCAAGAAAUGGGGGCGAACCACCAACCUGAAUCAAAUGCAAUGGGGCACAUUCUUUCCGGUGUAUACCACUCUCGCGUCCAUUGGUUUGAUCUACUGCGUCGUUGCACCUCUCAUUCUGAUCUUCAACGUGAUCACAUUCGGUCUAUUUUGGUUUGUCUACCGGUACAACACACUUUACGUGACCAAAUUUCGCUUCGAUACCGGCGGGCUGCUUUUCCCUCGCGCCAUCAAUCAGCUGUUUACUGGCCUGUAUGUCAUGGAACUUAGUCUGAUCGGACUGUUCUUCUUGGUUCGAGACACACAGGGUGAAGUUGCAUGCGAGGGGCAAGCGAUUAUCAUGAUCAUCGUCCUCGUUUUGACGGCUGGCUACCAAAUCCUUUUGAACGACGCAUUCGGGCCGUUGUUCCGCUACCUGCCCAUCACCCUGGAGGACGACGCGGUGCGCCGGGAUGAAGAGUUUGCGCGAGCUCAGAGAGCGCGACUGGGACUGCCGAGCGAGGAGGAGGAGGAUCCGACGGACACAAUCGAGCACCAGCUCGCGGAACGCGAGCAUCGGCAGCAAGAAGCUAACCGAAUGUCGCACGACAUUGAGAUGAAGACGCUGGAGUCUUCUUCGGAGCGAGAGUCCCACCAUCACAUGCACCGGCCGCACCUCGGACCGCAUCGUCGGUCCUGGGCUGAUCGGUCUCCGAACCGGCGGUCCCCGUACUACAAGACGCACUCUGACACGCAGGUGCCCAGCGUCCAACGGUUGCGAGACAGAAUUGCACAAGACGCUGAAGCUCAAGGCCCUCCUUCUCGCAACCUAGGCCCAACGCUUUUUGCCGGCAUCCAUGAUGAGUUGGAGGAUCUGACACCGGACGAGCGCGAUCAACUCACCCAACGGGCCUUCCAGCAUGACGCCUUGCGUGCCAAGCGUCCAGUGAUCUGGAUCCCGCGAGAUGACCUUGGGGUCAGUGAUGACGAGGUGUACCGGACGCAACGGUUCAGCAAGCACAUCUGGGUCAGCAACGAGUAUCAGGCGCUGGACGGGAAAUGCCACACGAUCUUCAGCCGCAGUCCGCCGGACUUUUCAGAGGUGGACCUGAUCCAGUUGUAGGUUUACAGUUUGUACGAUUGACGACUUUCUUGAUUAGCUUUUUUUGUGUUUUGCUUGUUUGCGGCAUGCAUUUACUGGCGUUCGGCGUAGCCACCAGGGCGGCA